UGAACAGACUUCAGUAUAGAAUGAAUCAUGCAAUGCAUGAUGGCUAAUGGUGUUUUAUUCGGUUGUAGUUCCAUGUAUUUCUUAAAAAACAAACGUGUAAACCAUUUUUAUUGACCAGAAUGUAACUGAAAAUACAAUGGCAGCCUUGCCAUUGUCCAUCAAUAACAAAACAUUUUUUUUUCGUAAAACAUUUGGGGAAACGUAUGCAGUCAUUGUAGUCUUACAUUUUGAUUGGCCAACCAAAAUUACCAAAACGUUAACCCGUAAUAAGGCUAGGGUGGCUGAGUGUAAAUACAUGGCUCUGAGUGUAAGCACCUUUUCACUAGAAACGUUAUUGUGUUCAAAUUACCGUCAGUGCGAAAUAGCUAGAAACCUUUCGUAUUUCCACUUGGCUGCACCUACUGUUACGAUAACGAUAAAUCAAGUGCAAUACCUGCGUCGACCUGUGUCGAGCAGCAAAACACCGGAAAGCUUCUAGCCUACCGGAAAGUUACAAGAAGAACAAGAAUAGUUACCUCAUCCGGUCAUGUCACACUUGUUGUUAAUAGAUUUUUCUCCCACACCAGAUGUCUGGACCCUGGACAGAUAACAGAUGGUAUGGGCUCUGAGGACCCCCAAGACCAACUGGAUGAGGCUAUUAAAAUGGCAGAACGCCUUGCUGAGGAGCUCAACCGAGAGAAGGACCCACAAGCCCAACUGGACGAGGCCAUUAAAGAGGCAAAAAGACUGGCUGAGGAGCUCAACCCAGAGAAGGACCCACAAGCCCAACUGGAGGAGGCCAUUAAAGAGGCAAAAAGACUGGCUGAGGAGCUCAACCGAGAGAAGGACCCACAAGCCCAACUGGACGAGGCCAUUAAAGAGGCAAAAAGACUGGCUGAGGAGCUCAACCGAGAGAAGGACCCACAAGCCCAACUGGACGAGGCCAUUAAAGAGGCAAAAAGACUGGCUGAGAAGCUCAACCGAGAGAAGGACCCACAAGCCCAACUGGACGAGGCCAUUAACGAGGCAAAAAGGCUGGCUGAGGAGCUCAACCCAGAACGGGAAAAUAAGAAGAAAAAGACAAACAAGCCUCCAGGGAUUAGGUUCAGAUGGAUACAAAGGGAUGUGAGAGGACAGAUUGUUCCUCAAACCAGGAAGGCAACUACAUCCACUUCUUUUGCUCCAAGGGCAAGUACAUCAAGAGCCAGACUAGUGCAACAUUUAGGGCCAGUCACUGAGGAAGAAUCAGAGACGAGUACCAGUGGAUUGGAAUCCACUCCAGUUUUAAACAUUGAUGAAGAAAUAUCAAUACUUCAUAGAGAAAUUAACAUCCUCCUAGCUGACUUAGAAGACCCUGAGUGUUCAAAUCCUGCUGUGCCUGGUGCAUCACACAGUUGGAGUGUGAGGAAGGAACUCUCACAGGAUAGGUGGAGGGAGUCCAGGCCUGAGAUUGUAGAUUCUCUGCUGGCUGCAGAGCAUGCUUCUCAGAAGAUCUGUCAGUCAUGCAAUGUGAAAAGGGCUAUUCUGCGAUGUAGAGACUGUCUGCCGAAACAGCUUUACUGCGAAGACUGCGAUGUCUCUACACAUGCAAAGUUCCCCCUGCACAACAGAGAGUCCAUGAUCGAGGGGUUCUACACGCCCCUUCCUCCAACUACAGCCAUAUCCCUCCACAGUGAUGAGAAAUAUGCACUUCAUGAACAGGAUUGUUUCUUACCAUUGGAUGUACCAGAGGUGAUAUGUGGUUGCCUGACAAGCACCAUCCAUGUUGGCCCUGGGAAACAUCAUCCUCGUAGGAAUAAAUGGUCGCUACAAUGUCACAGUGCCUGUGCUUACCUGCACAACUUGUCUUAGCACCUGGACAGCAAACUUGGCAGAUCUGAUAAAGAAUGGGUACUGGCCUGCCACUGUCAACUGUGACACCAUAUACCAGGUAGAUCUGUUCAGCUCUUUUGAGGAGCUGAAAGUGUCAGCCCCAGGAAUGUCCCGUCUGGCGUUUAUGCGGAUUUUGGAGCAGCGAACUGACUACUUUGGCAGGAACGGAAUGAUAUGUGGGGACACUUUUCAAAAAAGCUUCUUUGAGUGGACGUACUGCCGCUCUGAAAUUGAUCAGGUCUGUGAUAUACAGUACUUUGACUGCCCAGCCUGUUCACCCAGCAUGCUUGCAGUGUCAGUGGACGGGAACAAGAAGCUGUAUCGAUUCAAAAAAGGGACUGAUGACAAAGGAUUCUUUGAUGGCUUAUUUAUCUGCAAGGAUGAGGAUGUGUCUGACUCUGUCAACUAUGUCCAUACAAAGACUAAACAUGGUUAUGGAAAAGGGGUAUGUGGAGCAUCCCAGUGGACAGCAGCUAAAGAGUCGUCAAGGAAAACAAACAACAAACUUGAUGAAGAGGGACUGGAAGUUGCCGUCUGCCGCCACGGAAUACUUCUAAGGAGCCUCAACAUGAUGCGUGGAGAGAUAUUUGCGUACCCACUGUUCUUGCAGAAGGAAUUGUCUGGCAGCAGGAACAUACAAUUCAUGUGUACGGAUGUGAUCUGCAAAUUUUGGCCAUACCUGACCAAAGUUGCCCUUCAUUGUCCAGAACUCGCCACUCUUCUAGACAUGAAGCCACAUGGAGCAACCCUGGAGAAGACCCUGGAGAAGACCCUGUCACUGAAACUCUGGAGCUUGGACCUGGGGAUGACAAGGUGGCCAACUGUGGUUGAGGGGAGAGAGCAUGAGGGCUGAUAGGAGAGAAGAAGGUCAGAGAGGAUGGGGGUAGCAAGGUGGGGGGAGAUGUUUUUAGGUCAGGAGGAUCUUGUAAUUAAUGCGGUGGGAGACAGGGAGCCAGCGGAGUUCACAGAGGAUGGGGGUGAUAUGCUGCCAGGAUGAUUUAGUGGGUUAGAAGAUGGGCUGCCAGGAUGAUUUAGUGGGUUAGAAGAUGGGCUGCCAGGAUGAUUUAGUGGGUUAGAAAAUGGGCUGCCAGGAUGAUUUAGUGGGUUAGAAGAUGGGCUGCCAGGAUGAUUUAGUGGGUUAGAAGACGGGCUGCUGAGUUUUGAACCAUUUGGAGCUUAUGGAGGGAGUCUGUUCGUGCCGGGGAGUAGAGUUGCAAUAGUCUAUUCAGGACAAGAAGAAAGCAUGGAUGGGAGUUCCGGCCGGCAGGACAGGAGAGGGAGGGGCUGACUUUGGCGAAUUCGCCUAAGUGGAAUAAUUAGUUUUUUACAGUCUGAUGGAUGUGGUGGUUGAGGGAUAGGGUCUUAAAGUAGACAAACAUACAUAUUUCUGUCCAAAUACCUUUCACAAUUGCCUCAUACAACCGUUGGAUUGAUGCCAUUGAGGUCUGGUUCAUCAUACCACUGUGAGGACACAGUGCAGUUGACGACAAAAUGUUACCCUUCUUCCUCUUGCUGAGGAGUAGCAGGGGAUACACUCCUACCUUGUGGAACCUAUGUACCUGGGAUCAUUGAUGACAAAAUAACUUCCAGAAACACAACAAAUAUCAGUCAAAUAAUGACAUUUAGAUUUACAGUCAAAUGACAACAACAAAUAAGUGCAUAGGGCCUAUCAUUUCCCUAAGCAAGAAAUGCAUAAAUAUUUUUAGAGGAAAACAUAAUAAAGCUUACCAGCUUGUUUGCUGCAUUAAUCAAGGUUGCAAAUCUUCCAUAUUUAAUAGUCUUAGUUGCCCAUUCAUCAGUAGCCUUCAUUUUCUGGGCCUCUAACUUCACCUUCAGCUGUAUUAAUGCACCACAGAACUUGCACUUCUUUGAGGCUACUCCUAUUGGUGUUUUACAGCUAGGACACAGCUUACGGCUGGAGCCAGGAGCCAUUCUGAAUGAAAGGUGGAUAUGAAAGUGUCAGAAAGAAUAGCCCUAUACACAUCACUUUGACUGAUGGAAUGCACCAGGGAGGUCCACUCUGGCAAUGGGCUUGAAUUGACAAGGAUAACUACAGAUUGUGAGAAAAAAACUAUACUAACAAUAGCAAUUAAUAAAGAGAGUUUGGCCAACUAAGGAUCUGACGUUGAGUUCACAUUAAACAUCAAGCCCUGACCCUUCUCAAACCCACUAAAGAAGUGCUGUGUGUGUGUUUGAAGGUGACAUGGGUUUCAAUGACUCAAUCAUAUGGGUCAGAUCUGAUAAUGGACCACGCCUAGUAAUAAAACUAAGCCUGAGGCUUUAACAUGCCACACUGUAACGUAAUGUGUCAUACUAACUGUUGACUACUAUUGUAACCUAGAUGUAGGCUACCAGCCAUAGCCUCAGGUGCACAGUGCAAUGAGUGUCGUUAGUUGACAGAUUAAACAAUACUUGGGCCAGUG